GCGGCCAUAUUUUCUCUCGUGGCCUCGAUCAAGUCGCGCGCUGGUAAAGCAGUGACAAUUUGGAAUGAAAUUACGUCUAAAUCAAUUACCGCGUGUUAAUUAGGAACAAGUGAGUGGUGUAAUCAUGGCCAAGGGAAGUAACAAUCUUUCCGGAAGACGGUCACACGGAGCGAAGCCCUACGAUUCAAACAACUCAUUCGUUAAGAAAGUCGCGACAAAGGUAACAGACCUCAUGCCACAACGAUCGUGGAUUAGCAAAUGGUUUAACAAUUCAGAAAAUAACGGAGAGAUGUUAAACGACUCUGAAAAUGCCGAGUACGAGGGAUUCGCGGAGGAAGUGCAAGAAGCUCCAGCAGCAAAGCGACCACGUAUACGAAUGGAUGUGGUCCAUCCACCGGGAACUUUCAACAUUCAACUGAGAAACAAAUCUUCUCUCAACAAAGUAGAUGGCUCCAAAGAGCAAUUCAUUAACUACGAUGAAACAAACGAGGAUUUCCUUGAGCCAUUGGCAGCUGGGCCCAGCGGUGCUUGUCGCUUGGUAUCUUCAACACCAGCCAUUCAAAGCGAUGCCAGAGGUGUUUCUUCACAAAGAUCAAAUCUGAACUCAGUGAUCCCAUCAACUCAAGACAAUGGAGUUACCAACGGAGCGGAUGAUAAUUCUGAAUCUAGCGAAAGUACUAGUGGGUGUAGUUCUCUUAUUCCACAAAACAACAGGCAAGAAGCUCCAUCAAACACAAGCUUUGCCUCAUCAUUUGCGAAUAAAAAAAGGUUUAUCGAUGAUAAAAUGAACUACACAAAUCACUUGCAAUCACCAAGAUCUCUCUUCUUAGACACGAGUACUAGAGAUUCCCUCAGCAGCCGUAGACCCAGUUUUAAUUCCUCAAUCAUGAGCAACACACUGGAACGUUCGCCAUCCCUCUCAUCUCCAUUUUACUCCGGCAAUGUAACAUUCGGAGGAGCGAAUGCCGCUGGUCUUUACAAGCGUAGUCGCUCUCUUUUCAAUUCAAACAGCGAGUACAAGCUCAAAGUUCCUAGAAGAACAAACGUUCAAGUGAAACCUACCAACACCGUGGACAUUGAUUCUUCCGGAAUAAGUCAAACCGCAAAGAGAAUAUUGGAGGCUCUUGAACAUUUCUCUUCUCCCAUUUUGGAUGCCAAGAAAAUUCCAAUUAAGAACACGACAAACUUGAUGAAUGCAACUGGCAGAAAACGGACAAGGGAAGAACAAAACUGUGCAUCGCCGAAAGUUGGUUUACGCCACAUGACGCGAGAACUCACUGUGCCGACAGUACCAGAUUUGUUGAAGAUAAGAAGACGACAGAGAUUACAAGACACGACACUUGCUGCGAGGCAAAUUGUUUCUGCACAGACCGGACCUCUAUUAACAACGCCUUCUGAAUAUCGUCUCAGGACUGCCGCGGAUGAUGAUCCCAAGUUCCGUGGAAAACUCCGAGCUAAAUCUAAAAGGAAUACCCUCGACGAUGAGACGCUGGAACCUGUAAAUCUCCCCACGAUACCAUUGCCCAUUUCAACUCUACCUAGAUUCGAAAUUGCUUUACCUGAAUACACGAAAUCAGCCGACAGAAGCACUGAUAAAGAAAAUUCCUUUAAAUUCGCUAGUCCCAUCAGAGUGACCGACACCACGAAAUCCCUCAAAUCCAUUAAUGACUUUACAUUCAGCAAUCCGCUCAAUGCCGUUGAAGAAGCUGCGAAAGGCAGUUCUUACGAUUUGAGCACUGCAGAAACCGUCAUUCUCGAUUCAGAUGAAUCUAUCCUUAGUAACACAUCCGCACCAAACUUCAUGUGGUCUGGCUCAACUGCUCCCAAACUGAAAGAAAAAGCGAAACCUAAACCGAAAGUUAAUGAACCGACCGUGUUAGGUGUCGCUAGUGAACUGAAGUCAGGCAGCGUUAAUGACUUUUUGAGCGAACUCCGCAAGAAGGCGAAGGAAGGUGAACAUGAAAGGAACUCGACUCCAGAGAAUAAAGAAAAAUCAUCUGAAUCGACGAUAGAUGUUGAGGUUCUAAAUUCAUUACAAAACCAUAACGAGAGCUGGGAAUGUAGCGAAUGUUUAAUAAGAAAUGACAGCACUACGCAUUGCACUUCGUGCAAAUCUUCCAAGCCCGGUCUCAAAGCUAAGGAACCACCUCGUGUUUUUGGCGCCAACACUAUCCAACUUAAACCCAUCGAGAAUGAUUGUUUCGGUUCCCAAUUCAAACUUUCCACCGACCAGUGGGAGUGUAGCGCAUGUAUGGUCAGAAAUAAGCAAUCGGAAGAAAAAUGCGUUUCGUGCACUACUCCAAGACCUGUAGCUAAACUUACUAACUCUGGGCAUGAUUCAGACCUUCUGAAGAAGUUCAAACCCGCCGGUGAUUCGUGGGAAUGUCCUGGUUGUAUGGUAAGAAACAACGGAAACAUCAUGACCUGUCCCUGUUGCAAUGCUGCUAAACCUUCGUCCAAAGCUGGUCCCAAAAAAGAAGCCAGCAAAGAGAAUACUUUGAAGUUCAACAACAAAUCCAUAGAGGGUUUUAAGCCAGCACAAAGUACCUGGGAAUGUCCUUGCUGUAUGGUUCGAAACGCAGAAACAGCAACUAUUUGUCCCUGUUGUAAAGCUGUUAAACCAGGAACCAGCAACGCCAGUCUUAAGAAGCCAGAAGAAAAUACACAAGGAUCUUUGCAGGGAUUUGGAGACAAAUUCAAGAAACCUAUUGGUGCCUGGAACUGCGAUUCUUGUUUAAUCUCAAACAAAAGUGAGGCCACAGAGUGCGUUGCUUGCACUACUGCGAAGCCAGGAACUCAGAAGUCGAUUUCAUCCAGUGGAUCCUCUCUUCAGUUUAGUUUUGGCGUGCCACCUAAAGAUAGCGGUUUUAAAUUCGGCAUCGAUAAAGCCGAUGUAAAGUCGACUGAAUCUGCAGGUGGAUUCACCUUCGGAUCUGAAGCCGCAUUCACUAAUGUCGAACAAUUUUCAUUUGGAAUUCCAAAGACUGCCAAAAGUAUCGAAGCGGCAAAACCUGCUGAAUUUACUUUCGGACAGAAGAGUACCGAGAACACAGCUGGCUUCCAAUUAAACAAAAGUUCUGAUAUGGUAGCAAGUGCAGAAAAGGAGUCAAACAAAACGGAAAAGCCGAAGUUCACCUUUGGAAUUCCGAAAUCAGAUGAGAAGAAACCUGAAAGUAGUGACAAAAUUGAAAAGACUGAGAAGGUAGAAAAGUUCUCCUUUGGAAUUCCUAGCGCUCCUGCAGCAACAAUUCAAGCAACGACUGCGUCCACCCCUGGUUUCAAGUUUGGAUCACCCAAAUCUAAGAGACCUGCAGAUGAUGAACCCCAAGCGAAGAAAACUGCUUUUGGAGGAGCGCCAACAUCUAUUCAGACGGUUUCUUCCUCGACCACAGCUUCUCCCUUUUCCUCAACGGUGACAACGAGUCAAACCAUUAGCUCACCACCAAGCUUUUCGUUCAUACCUAACACGACCGUUCCAGCAAACAGAGCUUCACCAGCGACCACGACGACCGUAGCAACAAGUCUUCCAGCCUUUAGUAAUUCUACCUUCAGCUUCUCGGAUCAGAGUAAAUCAUCACAACCCGCAACCUUACCCAGCUUCGGAGUCCCAUCUGCAGGUGGGCCAACCUUUUCUUUCGGCGGAAAAAAACCUGCAGAAACGACUGUCGCGACAGAGAAGAAGCCGCCUCCAGCUUUCCCAAGUGCAACAUCAACUACUACUUUUGGAUCCUCGGCUACAGCCUCACCCUUUGGAACCAGUGAAGCCAAUGCGCCUCCAGCGUUUGGAGCCGGGGAGAAGAAGACAUCACUUUUUGGAGCACAGGAGAAUAAACUGCCAGCCUUUGGUGACGCCGAAACGAAAACCCCGGCAUUUGGAGCGACGGACAAAAGCACUCCAGUUUUUGGAAGUGGUAGCAAAGCCCCGCUUUUCCCAGCAGCAACUCCAUCUUUUGGAGCUUCGACGACGGCAUCGCCUUUCGGAAACUCGACGCCUCUUUUCGGAAACAAUGCUUCUUCUGGUUUUGGCUCUCCACAAACCUCUAAUGCCUUUCCGGCCUCGAAACCUAAUGAUGGUGACAAUCUGGCACCGAGUACAAAUUUGUUCUCUUUUGGAUCUUCGCAACCAUCGAGUGGUGGUUUUAACUUUGCUGGUGGAAAUUCGGCUCCGACGGCCAUCGCACAGAAACCACCAGUCUUUGCCUUUGGAGCAAAUUCGAGCACAACGCAGGCUGCAAGUACUUUCGGAGGAAACACGUUUAGCACGACGACACAGGCUACACCAGCGCAGCCUAGCUUCUCGUUUAAUUCGCCAAAACCGGAGGCGCCAUCGGCGUUUAGACAAAGUGCAUCUGCAUCGACGCCGCUGUUUGGAGCGGCACAGCCUGCACAAGGUCAGACGCCUUUUUCGGGAGCCGGCGCUUCCAAUGCAGGGUUUAGUUUUGGAGCUGCGGCGCCUGCCGCACCAUCUGGAGGAUUUAAUUUCGGUGGAAUGCCUCAGCAACCAGCACCUGCACCAACACAACCGAAUAGUGGAUUCAAUUUCAAUGCUCCUAAUGCAAUGGCUCCGAAUGCAAUGUCAUUCAACUUUACAGGAGGGAAUGCACCCCAAGCAUUCAAUGCUACGCCACAAUUGCAACAAUCUCAACCACAACGGAAGAUCAAAACAGCCAAGCGAAGAAUGACACCGCGGUAGGCGAGGCAUCACUAAAAUUCGGCGUAAAUUCUGAGUGCGGUCAGGAACGCGAUACUUUUCUGUGUCUGCGCCUACAAAAUCAGUACUUUAUCCCGCAUAAUGGUGGAUCUGCUGUUUUCGAAACGAAUUAAACAAAACAAAGAUCCUGGUUUUAUUGAUCGCAUCGAGCUGGUGGUACGCCAAGCAUUUUUUGUAUUAUAUUUAUGUGCUGAUGACUCGUGCUUGUGAGUACAACCGCUUAUGUUCCAGAAAGAAAAAAGAAAGAGAGAGAGAGAGGGUGAAAGCGAGAGCUAGAGCCAGAUAUAGAAAGAGAAGGGCAGAUACGAGCGAAAUUGCGCUAGAGCGAGCAAGAGAGAAUUUUGUAAAUUAUAAAUUAUUUAAUUAUAUUAUAGCAAACGGACGAUGUUUUGAGAAUUGACGUACGUAAAACCAGUUUUAGCCGGAAAACGGAAGCCACGCAUUGUCGAAGCAUCAUAGUGACCACAACCUUGCCGCGAACGGCAAACCGUUGCCGAUUUGCUGAAACAGAGAGUUUUUUUUUCGAGGACACCAUGGAGAACCGCUGCGAGAUUCGGGUGUAAUCGACGCGCCGCAGCGGGAAAAUCGCACCCUGCUUAGGUAAGUAUAAGUUCUUCAUACUACUCGCAACCAAGUGAGCUUUCGCUUUCGGGAAAACGCUUCAUAGUUCUCUCCCCUCUGUCUUGUUACCGUCGUCUUUAUCGGACUUUUCGUUCAUUAUUUUGGACUGAUCUGUGAUUGAUGCUCUGUUCUUUAUCUCUCGUACACGAGACAGCUCGUCUGUACAGUUAGAUUCCAAGUUUAAGCGUCGGGUUGUUCAAACUCGACAUUUUAACACAUGGACAUUUCUCAAGUCUCGAAAGCGCUGCUCCUCGAGGGGAAGUGGAAAAAAAUCCUCUCGUAGUCUUGUGUAUUUAUAAACCCUUAAAGUUGUUGUGAGUAUCGUGAAGCGAGUGUAUAUCAGUGGAAUUCCACUAACAUGUAGGAAGAUAAACUCAGAAAAAAAAUUUACUAUAUUAUAUAUUAUAUAUUUUAGCUAGGAUCUCGGGAACGGCCCUACAUACUCUGUAGCGCCGAUCUUCGAACGUUGUAACAUAUAUACGUUAUUGAAAAUGGCAUUCGGACAGUACAAAGACACGAUUACGGGAAGUUUCCACUGUUUACUCGAAAUUGUAUAUUUUUUUUAUAUCUACUUAGGAAAUGAUCCUAUAAAAGAAUAAUUACUGAAUGCCAUUUUGCUAGGGUCGUAUCGGCGAUUUAUGUAAGGAUGCUGUGUAUUUUAUCAUAGGGGUGAGUGAAACUAGAGCGUCGCGACAAAAAACGCGGUUAAAAAAUAAAAUUCAAUUAUCACGGGGCUUCUAAAAAUGAACUCUUACUCUUGUUUAAAUUGAAAUAAAAAGAAUUGCACGCCUGCCGAUUUAUUAGACUUUUAACUGACGUUCCUUGUCGAGGAUAUUAUUCACCUUGGUGAUAAGUAGGGUAUGUAAUGUUAAUUUUGUAUAUUCUGCAUAAAAAUUGGACUAUACGUUAAUGUCGAAUGACUAUUGGUACAUUUCAUUUUUCUUUCUUUCUUCCGCUUUUGGUGUUCAGCGGUCAGAUGAACAUGGAACUUGUACUCUUCGAGAUUAUAAUUUAUUUCGCGCUUCGUCGUUUAUGAGUUGUUUAUAUAAUGAGCCUUUAUACAUUUUUAUAGUAUUUCAUUUAAUAAAGCAGAAAGGAUUUCGGUUAUUUUAAUUUUUUAUCUGCGCCCGGACAAACAAGAGUAAAUAAGGUUCCAUGUUACAUUCGUGAGAUAUAAGUCGAUCUUUAUAUCAAUAUGAUACAAAAUUAAAUAAUUUGAAUAAAGCGUUACUUGUCAAUCUCAAAA